GGGCCUCUUGUUUGUAACAAUUCUGUCCCUUAAAAGAAUAUACUAAUGUACAUAGUAUGAGCUUUCAAUGUUCUGAGGCGAAGUUUACUUUAUUUUGAUGAAAAUAUAUAUGUAUUCACAACUUUCUGAUAUUUCCAUUCUUUGAAAAAUGCUGGUAAUCCUAAGGUAUUAUAUCAUAAUUCUUUGGCUUUUCUGGAUUUUUGAAAGUUUUAUGAAAAAUUCUCGUAACCAUUUUCCCUUGUGAGCAUAUAAAGCGACUUUAUGAACAAGAUUCAUAUUGUUACCAUAUAAGUAUUUUUCAAAGAUACAUCAUCGGUAAAAAUGUUUACAUUUUUAGAAACUUAAAAAUGAUGACGUUUUCAUCAAAGUAUGCUGUCGGUGCAAAAUUAGUGUGAAUUAUUAUCAUCAUUUUAUCACACAAUAGCUAAAAUUUGAAAAAAUUAUGUAUUCGAUCUUGAAGAUUGAAUUCAAAUUUUUAUGCUUCUUAAGGGCAAAUUUAGACCCUUAUCAUAUAAAGUUCUUUGCGCAGAAUUUAUUCUCUUUCUGCGUGUGAUGGUGGUGGGGUAGAUCGGUUUUGCAAGUCUCAAAAUGCUUGUUGCAUUAUUGAAUUAUAUGUGACCCUUAUCUAACUAAUGACUAUAUCUUAAGUUUGAUGGAUGACUUUGUUAUCUCUAGGGUAUAAUGCACUGACAUGUGGUGUAAUGCACUAUCUCUGUCAUGUGUUAAUACUUGGUCACAAAACGUAUGUUGACUUUCAGGUCACAGUUGUAGUUUUCUUCCCAGUAUCAUUUUAGGACGAAGAGUGAAAGACGCAUGAAGUAACUUGGAAUUUAUGAAGAUAUGACAAAUUUCUAUCAAAAGCUUGUUCGAAAGAAGUUUGUGGACCCGUCCGGCUUAACAGAGACCAAGUUAGCAAGAUGUCUGACCACAUUAGAUCUCACAGCACUUGGCAUUGGCAGUACACUAGGAGCUGGUAUUUAUGUAGUGGCUGGUCAGGUUGCUAAGGACACAGCCGGUCCUGCCGUCAUUCUGUCUUUCCUCAUUGCAGCUUUAGCAUCAGUACUAGCAGGUUUAUGUUAUGCAGAGUUCGGAGCCAGGGUUCCUAAAACUGGUUCAGCGUAUGUCUACAGCUACGUCACUGUGGGGGAGUUCAUGGCUUUCAUUAUUGGAUGGAACCUAAUCCUGGAGUAUGUUAUUGGAACAGCCAGUGUAGCCCGUGCUUGGAGUGCAUACUUUGACUCCCUGAUCCACAAGUCCAUCCAACAUUUCUUCAGGGACAAUAUGCCAAUAGAUGUUGGCGGACUUUCUCCAUAUCCCGACUUCUUCGCUUUUGGCAUCACUCUUUUGCUGGCCUGUAUAUUGACUGUGGGGGUGAAAGAGUCAUCUCGAUUUAACAACAUCUUCACCAGUGUAAAUCUGUUAGUUGUAUUGUAUGUUGUGAUCUGUGGACUGUUCAAGGCGGACAUUAAGAACUGGCACCUCCCAGUUCCACAGCAAGGCAACACCACUGGUGUUGUUUAUGGAGAGGGUGGAUUUUUCCCGUUUGGUUUCUCAGGAAUGAUGUCGGGGGCUGCUACUUGUUUCUAUGCCUUUGUAGGUUUUGACUGCAUAGCUACAACUGGAGAGGAAGUUCAGAACCCACAAAAGGCGAUUCCCAUUAGUAUUGUCCUAGCCUUACUUGGCUGUUUCCUGGCGUACUUUGGGGUGUCAGCCACCAUUACCCUGAUGUGGCCAUACUAUUACUUAGACCACGAUGCUCCACUCCCAGAAGUGUUCUCCAAUGUAGGCUGGGAUGUGGCACGUUACAUUAUUGCAGUGGGGGCAAUAUGUGGUCUGUCCACCAGCCUGCUUGGUGCUAUGUUUCCUCUUCCUCGUGUAAUUUAUGCAAUGGCCAGUGAUGGACUGCUCUUUCAAUUCCUGGGAAACAUCAGCGAAAGGUUCAAAACACCUGUUGCUGGUACUCUUCUGUCUGGCUUGUUUGCAGGCUUCAUGGCAAUGAUGUUUGACCUAAAGGAACUUGUGGACAUGAUGUCCAUUGGAACAUUGCUGGCAUACACACUAGUUGCUGUCAGUGUCUUGCUGUUAAGGUACCGGGUAAAUUCCUUUGGUCUCAGUAAUCCAGAAGAUGGGGAUGCAGAUGAUGUGAAUGAAUUGAGUAGAGUGGGAUAUUUGCAAGAAAUGUUCAAUCACAAUCUGAUAUGCCCAACUCCACUAUCAGAAACUGUAUCAUUCUGGAAUAUCACGAUUAUAUGUCUCCUUGUGGUAGCAGAAUCUUUGAUACUCAUCUUUCUGGAGAAAUAUAUCUCCUCGUUACAGUGGUGGGCCAUUGUUAUAGCCAGUGCUCUUUUUCUUAUAAUAGUUCUCCUUGUUUAUUCCACAUGGCUACAACCUCAAAAUCAGGAUUUUAUCAGCUUUAAGGUGCCUCUACUUCCAUUUUUACCUGUGAUUAGUAUCUUUGUAAAUGUCUACCUCAUGCUUAAGUUGUCUUCUGCUACAUGGAUCCGGUUUGGAGUUUGGAUGAUAGUUGGUAUGAAGAAGAAAGCUGUGACGCAGGAGAAACCUGUUACUGUUUGGAGCGUCCGGAGGAAGGCUUGUCUGGGGGCGCUCUUCUGUAUGUACGGUCUGCUGACGGUGCCCUGUGUGAUUGAUCUCGUACACCACCUCAUCUCCGGCUCAGAACUCGACAGGACUAUCCAGAUCUUGAAAGAUACAGUACAGCUACAUUCAUCAACAGUACAGAUGGUCCACAGUUUUCACUGCUUGUUCGUGAAUGAGGACUGCGAAACUCGUAUGUUGAGUCCCCUUUCCCAGAGAAACUACAGAUGUCCUAACGAAGAUCACCUGAUGGACGUUCUGGCUGCCAUAGCAAAAAAUUCUCGCGAACAAAACAGUAGUUACGACCACGGCAGAAAUUCUUCUGCCCAGAGUGUCUUUUCAUCCUACACUUGUGCUGAAUCAACUUUUCAGAAUUUGCAUACUGCAGCCAUUCCCAGGAUUGGGUCUCUAGUUGUCCAGUCUUUGAAAUACAUGCGCGCUUCUUUUGUGGCCUUUGACGUUCUGAUAAAACUGUCCUCCCACUGUUUUGCUGGUGCGCACAGCGACGUGCAUAAUUUGCUUCAUGACAUAAACUAUGUAAAAGGGCACUUACGGUCCUUCUUUUUGAAGCAAGGGCCGGAUAUUUCGAUAGAAGAAUUGAAUAGACUGUUGAUGGAGACGUACGAACACUUAUCAGAGGGUUCCUCCGAGCUGUGUUCAACGAUGAUACUGAAGGGAUAUUUGUCAUCUGUUCGUGAAAUAACUGACGUAUCGCAUCGCCAUUUGCAACUUUUGCUGCGAUUUACCCAAUCCGAAUACAAGUGGUCCAUAAUCGUCCAAUCCGUGUAUUUCAUUGUUCUGUCAAGCUUACCGUUGAUCUGUGGUUGGCAGUUUGUAGAAUUUUGGCGCCGGUUGGUUCUCGUUCAGAAAUUAUCUCAAAGGUACAACACGGCCACAGAACAACUCAUGAAAGAAAACAUGGAGUUCAAAUCUAUACUCGGUGAGGUGAUUCCAAGGUCAAAUUUCAGCGAAGUUGUUUCCGAGGGAUCCACGAUGUCUCUGGUGUCGUCUGCAUUUCGAGUAGAUUCUCAUUGUGAACCUGUACAGGUGUCUUUUUCAGACACUGAACAAUCCGACGAUGGUGAAGAAACAGAACGACAUAUUCGAAACUCUCGAUUAUCGAUGAUAAAUCGAUUUAAACAAAAGGGUAACCUAAUGGGGACGAUUCACGAGGUUCAUAGUAUCUACGACAAAAUCACUAAAAAGCUGUCAUCCAAAACAACAGAUCCUUCUCCAUCAAAUGAAGUAACGAUCUUUCGAUCGGACAUUGUCGGAUUUUCUCGGAUAAUCAAAUGUUUCACUCCAUCGGAAAUUGUGAAUCUCGUGUCGUACCUGAUGAAGUUGUUUGAUGAGCGCAUUCAGUUGUAUGAUGUGUUUGUGCUAGGAAGAGAGGCUGACCUUUUCACAGUUAUUUCUGGCAUCUCCUCAGCACAGAUUACUCGGCAUGCGUCUGAAAUAGUCAACAUGGCUCUGGAUUUAAUGUCAAUCAGCAGCGAUUUAGAAUUUCAAGCAGGUCCCGAAACCAAACUAAGACUACGCAUGGGUAUUCACACAGGUAUUGCAUACAGCAGGCAGGUGGGGUUUCCAAGACCGCGGUACAAUAUUUCCGGAGAGCUUUUGGAAGUUGUCAAAAAAAUAGUUCAAAGCGCACAACCCAAUCAAAUUCAAGUCAGCGAAACAACAUAUCAACUACUAUCCAGACACAUGGCAUACAAUCUCGGAAAGAGCGGUUAUAUAACCACUGAGACGAAGAAAAAUAUAAAAGUCUAUGCAUUAAAUGGACGUCGGGUUUCGGAGGAUGUAACAUCGAGAGACUGUCCUGGCAAGCGUGUGCGUACUGCAUGGAUACCCAUACAGCUUGAGCAAAAAGCACUGUACAGAUUUGAGGCGGAGGAGAAUCAGUAUUUGGCGCCGUUGAACUGGAUGAUGCCGAGCUGUUCCUACUCAAUAGCAUCUGGAUCAACGUCAUCCAGCAUCUCCAAUGUCCCCGGCACUUCACGGCAGAACAGCAUUAGCCGUCCCCUCAGGAUAUCCACACACGAGACCCUGAAUGAGGCUGUGGGCUUCUGAAUUUGCUAAGCCAAAUGACUUGUCAAGAUUGUUAAAUUUUUCAAAGGAUGGUAAAGAAGAGCUGACACCAAUACCCAAGUGAUGUGUGUCCUGCAUUCAAAGGCAACAUUGUAUUGACCUUUGGUAUUUGUACAAAAACUUCCUAUUCUCAAUUUAUAAACACUUUCCAAAUAGAUUAAGCAGGAUCAGGUGGGUUCUAAAUAAAAGUUCAUCUACAAUUUCUUUAUAAACUGUCAUUUGGAUAUUUCAGUAGCUGAAAAGUCACCAAUAACAAAAUAAAUAACAACCCAUAAGUAAGCUUAUAUGAUGGUUUAUUAUCUCCAAAAAGAGGGAAGGAAAUGUGUAUGAAACAAAGCUAACAUGACUAGACAUUUUAAAUUUUGUAGAAAAGGAGCACACCACUCAGUAUUAAAUCUAAACACACAGGACUUGCAAAAACAUACAUGCUCUUUAACAAAAGUUAUACUUCUAGAACUUUGGGUAUUGCCCUAUAACCCUUCCAUAUUAAAGUACCAUAUCGCCCUAUAACCCCUCUAUAAUAAAGUACCAUAUCGCCCUAUAACCCCUCUAUAUUAAAGUACCAUAUCCAACUGGAGAUCAAUUCUAAAAACAUUGAAGUUUGCAAAUGAAGUUUUCUAUGGAGCAAAAGGCACACAAUCUGCAUUUUCCAUUUUCAUCACUUUUAUUAUCAAAUUAUCCUUAACCUUACUUAGAUUUUGACUAUAUGAUUUUUAAACUUGAAGAAAUAUAACAGAUCACCAACACAUCAUGAUAAUGCAGUGUGGAUUUUCCGUAAUUUUAACCUCAAGGUGUUGGUCUCCAUUUUUUUUUACUUUGUAUAUGAUUUUUUAAAAAACCAAUUAAGCUCAAUAUAUCACAAAUAUUCCAUCACUGGCCCCCUUUAUUUUCUGUGUAUAUAUAUAUUUUUUUUACAUUACACGACAGAAUACUAUAAAUGAUAAUAAAAAAUAAUAAAAAAAAAAAAAACCCUGAUACUGUAGAAAUUAUUCCAAUCAAAAUUUCAUUUUGGAAAACAAAUAUAUACUAGUAUAUAUUCUAUCAGUAAAAAGUCUCGACACCCUUUAACAUUAAUACAUGUAUCAACACACUGUUCCUACUCCUUUCAUUUGAUCCCACUGUUUUGCAUUAUGAGUAAAUUUAUUGUCUAAAUUCAUUUGUGUUGAUGAUGCACUGUACUACAGGUUAAAUGUAACAAAACUUUUAAUAUGGAAACAUAAGGGGGACACUUGUAUAGAGAAUGGUGAGUAGACAGGCAGCAAUAAAAAAAUAAAGAGGCAUAUCAAAAGCCGUAGGGGGGAUUUUGGAAUUCCUAUCCCAACACAGGUUACCAUUGGUUACUAAAUGGCCACAUUUGACACUCCACCAAGAUUACUAAAAUGUUUGAUGACCGACAUGCAGCCAUAGAAAAGAGCUCACUCAGCAGUGGCAAAUUGAGAGGGUGUGUGUGCGUUUCCAGGUGUCAGAUCCCCCCCCCCCCCCCUAAUCAGAAAAUUUUGCUAAAAAUAGGUAAAAAUAAUACAUUUUGAGGGUGGUAAAUUUGAAAACCAAAAUUAAUAAAAAUUUCCUGGACCUGCCCCUAAUCAGCAGCUUCAAAGCUAACCUAGAAAUUGUGAAAAUUACAAAAAAGUAAUUACUCCACAUCAAAAUGAAUAGAGCAACAUUUAUGCCAAGCUUGGUGACUGGACCCCCCCCCCCCCCCCCCCCCCCCCCCAAUUAUACACUGCCUUUCUCAAAUAUGCUCCAAUAAAUGAUAUGGCACAAAUUCUUGGAAAAAUGAAGUCCCUACAUGCACCCAGAAUUACCAAUUCGAAAUCCACACAUCACCAACAUAUACAUGGAAGGAUAAUUGUUUCAAUAAAAUUACAUAUUGCACAUCCACAGGAAGGUAUUCAAUACAAUGAAUUCUGCAAGAAUACAAAAGUGUACAAAUGACUGAGACAUUGUCAAUGGUACACAAUGCACCAAUUUAAAUAUUGUAACAGAAGUUAGAUUCAAAAUGAAGGUUAAUAAUCAUUUUGAGAGAUAUAAAUAUUUAUAUCAUCUAGAUACAUUGUAUAUACCUGUUUUUCCCAGCUCAACACACUAAAAAGAACCUUUUAUAAUCAUGCAGGAAUUUUCAUUGAAUUUUUAAAGAAUUUUGAAGAUAAUGUGCACAUUUUAGUAACAUUUCUUUUUCUGCAUAUAUAGAACAACUCAUUGAACAAGAGUCAUACUCAUCAAAAGAUUCAUCAAUUGUAGAAAAAAUAACCUUGUUUAACACUGAUGUAAUAAAUGUUUUUGAAAUGUGAAAAUGGCAUUUUUUUUUUUUAAAAAGUUAAAUUUACAUGGAAUGACACAAAACUGAAUGUGAAAUCAUCAUAGUUUUUUUUUUUUUUUUCAAGAGUUGAAGUCUGGGAAAAAAAUCAAUCUGAAAGAUUUCAGAUGAAAAUUCAAACUGUUGAUGGACCAAAUUUGGCUCCAUAUCCCUAGAUGUGGUACAUGUAUGUACUGGUGGCAUUCAAAAAUGCUUUUAAACCUCGUUCACAGACUCCUGGCAGUAUGCAAAAAUUCACGGGAAUGAUAGAUUAGUACAAGCAUUUUCUUGGUGUAUGAUGAGCAUCAAACUGCAAAGUAAAACUUCUUCCCAGCAA